CAGACCCCUCUCACCUGCGGAACGCACAGGUGCCUGCACGCAGCAUGGCGGCCGGGCCGGGCCUUAGCAAACUACGGGAAAAGGCAGGACUCCAGGCUUGGCCCCGUCCGCCGUGUUAGAGGCCGGAGGUGCAGAGGCUCGCCUCCUGCCCCUGGCCCCCGACCGCCCUCCGCGCCCAGCCCAGAGCAGGGUGCACGUGUGUCUUUAAGGGGCGGGGCCUACUGGAAAUAGGCAUGGUGCGUCAUCAUCCUGCGCCUGGGACCUCCAUCCCCACGUGGAUUCGCCGGAGAAACCCGGGUCUGGGCGUCAUGGCUGCUACCGAGAGUGGGAAGGCGGCCGGAGUGGAGGCCUUGCAGCCCCAAAAGCGCUACUAUCGGCAGCGAGCUCACUCCAACCCCAUGGCGGACCAUACGCUGCGCUACCCUGUGAAGCCAGAGGAGAUGGACUGGUCUGAGCUCUACCCAGAGUUCUUCGCUCCACUCACUCAAAAUCAAAGCCAUGAUGACCCAAAAGAUGAGAAAGAAAAGAGCACUCGGGCCCAAGUGGAGUUUGCAGACAUAGGCUGUGGCUAUGGUGGCCUGUUAGUGGAGCUGUCUCCACUCUUCCCAGACACUCUGAUGCUGGGUCUGGAGAUCCGGGUGAAGGUCUCUGACUAUGUACAAGAUCGGAUCCGGGCCUUGCGUGCAGCUCCCGGAGGAGGUUUCCAGAACAUUGCCUGUCUCCGCAGCAAUGCCAUGAAGCACCUUCCGAACUUCUUCCACAAGGGCCAGCUGACAAAGAUGUUCUUCCUCUUCCCUGACCCACAUUUCAAACGCACAAAGCACAAGUGGCGAAUCAUCAGCCCCACACUGCUGGCAGAAUAUGCCUACGUGCUGAGAGUCGGGGGACUGGUGUAUACCAUAACUGACGUGCUGGAGCUUCACCACUGGAUGUGUACCCAUUUUGAGGGACACCCCUUGUUUGAGCGUGUGCCCCUGGAGGAGCUGAGUGAAGACCCCAUCGUGGGACAUCUAGGCACAUCAACCGAGGAGGGAAAGAAAGUUCUACGCAAUGGAGGGAAGAAUUUCCCAGCCAUCUUCCGGAGAGUGCAGGACCCCAUCCUCCAGGGACUGAACCCCGAUCCCACCCUGCCUGCGCACUGACUGCCUUCCCUGCUGGCCCCCAUCUUCCCAGGACUGGAAAGAAGAUCAGGCCUCCUGGGCCUUCCCAGCUGAGCCUGAGAGAGACAGCAACCUCUCAGAGAAGUUGGGGGGCAGCCGAGGGCAGAGCCCUGCUGUUUACAACUGCCCCAACUCCUCUCGUCUGCUUGUCCCUCCACUGCCAGCAGAGAGCAAAAGGAGCUGACUGGAAAGGUCAAAGGACCUUGGACCAGAGGGGAUGGGGGGGUCCUUGCUCUCUUUUAGCACUCCCCCUGUGGGAUGCAGUGUUCCACUUUCUAAACUGCCUGCUAGGCGCAAAUCCCCUGCCCACUAGUGUUUGCUUUGCAGUGCUGGGGAUAGCGUGAGUGUGUGUUCACGUGCCCAGGCUGUUGUUUCUCAGGAGUGGGUAUCACGUGCCUUCCCCAGCCCCCAGCCCGCCCCACCUAAGACUUGACCCCGGGGGAAAUCUGUGCUCCCUCUGCUGCUGCUCUCCCUGGAGAGUCCCUGGGAGGGUAGGGGAUGGAGACCCUCGCCUUGUCCAUAUUGGUCAUCGAUUCCAACACUUCAGAGCUGACCAACUGGCACAGAGCCUGGUAGGGGUGGGGAGGCAAGGAGCCAAGAGCUGAACUGGAGGAUUCUGAGGCUGAAGGCAGAAAGGGGCUACCACCCAGGAAGCCCCCCAGAGGGAACUGCGGCCCCUGGGCACUCGGAGCGCUCAGCCCUGGCCCCACCCAGCAGCCCCCAGAAAUCUCUGACUUUUCUAAUGUGCAAAGAAGUUCCUUUAUUUCUGCUCCUCAAGCCCCAGAUUCCCGUGACUGGAAGGAGGGGUUUGUUGACCUUCAAGACACCCCUACCCCCCCACCAAGAAUAAAAUAAAGAUGAAGGUGCCUGGAGCCAUUUUAACCCAUUAA